ACAUAAUUAUAAACAAAAUAAUAACUAUUACUAUAUUAACCGAGAAAAUUAAAUUCAACAUCUCUCUUAUUCUCUCAUUCUCUCUCUACUUCUCAAAGACGCACGCAGCGUUCUAAAACCCUAAUCGGGUAUGUGCAAAGAGAGCUUUGUAGCACGUGCUUAAGGUAUGUUUUAAACAUUGCUUGUUUAGUUGGUUCCUUUUGAUGUCAUGGUGGCAUUGUGAUGCAAAAUGUGUGUGAGCUCAUACUGAGAAGGAGCUCAUCUGCUAAGUCCAUUUGAAGAGGAUGUAUGGAAGGGCAUCAUCAGGUCUUGAUAGGUUUAAGAAGGCUCAGAGCUUGGAACCAUUCUCUGUUUCUGUCAACUCUUCUUCCAGAAAUGGUGCCCAACCCUCUACUAAAGUAGUUGACCCUUCCUCUGCUUUGCCUCCGCUGUCUCAGGCUUCUGCCAACCAACCCCAACAACAUGCUUCUCAGAAGACUGUAGGAGUGGAGGCGGCUCCAUUGUUGGGGCAGAAUCAGCAGGCGACUCAGGUUGGGGGAGGGCAGUCGACGUGGCAGCCGCCGGAUUGGGCGAUCGAGCCACGGCCAGGUGUUUUUUACCUGGAGGUUUUGAAGGAUGGCCAGGUGCUAGACCAGAUUAAUCUGGACAGACGGAGGAAUAUCUUUGGGAGGCAAAUCCAGACCUGUGAUUUUGUGCUUGAUCAUCAAUCUGUCUCUCGCCAACAUGCUGCAGUUAUUCCUCACAAGAAUGGGAGCAUAUAUGUAAUUGAUUUGGGAUCUGCACAUGGUACAUUUGUUGCAAAUGAGCGGUUGACCAAGGAUUCGCCAGUUGAGCUUGAAGUGGGACAAUCGUUGCGAUUUGCUGCAUCAACAAGAGCGUACAUAUUAAGAAAGAAUGAUGCAGCUCUUUUCCCUCGGCCUCCACCACCAACAGAGAUUAAUUUCCCACCGCCUCCUGACCCAUCUGAUGAAGAAGCUGUUGUAGCGUAUAAUACGCUACUGAAUCGUUAUGGCAUCAACAAAGCUGAUCUGGUGUCCAAACCUGGUGAGUCUGGUAGUUCAGUAAGUGGCAAAAAUAAAGAUUACCAAUCUGAAAGACCAGCUAAGAGAAUUAGGAAAACAAGAGUUGCCUUCAGGGAUCAAGUUGGGGGAGAGUUAGUUGAGGUUGUUGGAAUUUCAGAUGGUGCAGAUGUAGAAACAGAACCUGGUCCAGUUGGUGUUAAAGAAGGAAGUUUAGUUGGUAAAUAUGAAUCUCUUGUACAGAUUACUGUAAUACCAAAGGGGAAAGAGCAGUCCUCUGUCAAGGAGGCAGAUUCAUCCCCAAAAGGUGUGACUGAUAAACUACAAGAAGUCUUGAAAAAGAUCAAAACCCCAGUCAAAACUGGGAUUUAUGAUGACCUAUAUGGAGAAUCAUUAUCUGUCAAAGUUGGAUCUUCCUGGGCAUAUUCACCUGCACUCGGAACUGGUGAACGGGCUCCAGAUAAGGAGGAUGGUGCGGGGAGCGGAAAGUCAGAGAGUAAUCCUAAUGCUGUUGAUGGAGACGAUGAUGAUUUGUUUGGGUGACCAUUGAACUUAUACAGACUGGGUUGUGAGAUAAAUUUGUAGUAGUUCUGUUUGAGUUUGACAUCGUAGGGAGUUGAAAAGAUGCAAAAUAUUAUGUUGCAUGCUUCUUUUGUCCUCGGGAGUUAAUUGUUCCUUCCAACGAAUCCAUGAUUAUUGAUGUUUUCCGCUGCAUGCCCCCACUUACUCUAAAAGACAGCAGGUUCAUGGUUAAACAAUGUGUUAUCCUUGUAUGGACCCAUUAAAUAGCUCAUUUAAGUAGUGGUUUUGUCCAUACUUUCUAGUAUGCACAUACUAGCAUGUCAUCACUAAUAAGGAUUGACUUUCUAGCCACAUGGUCACGAAGGAGCAAAUGUUGAUAUUUGAGUAUUUUGUACCACAAAUCCAUUUGCUGCAACUUUGAAGCGUCUAUUCAAAAAAGGGUGGUGUAUUUAUAGUUUUACAACAAUGAAGCGUGUAUUUAAAAUUUAAAA